AGAUAAAUAGACGAGUGGUAGCUAUACAGAAGCAGGUAUAUGAAACAGCGACUUGUGUCAAUUCUAAUUGGAAUAAUUGUGUCUGUGGAAUUGAGGAAGACUCGAACCUGAGAACUUACGUGGAUCAAUUCGGGGAAGGAGGCCCCGUGCUAUUGGGCUCAGUGGUGAUCGGAAUAGUAUCAUUCCCGUGUGCCUCGAUGUCUGUGUCGUCUGUGGCCACGUACAACGUAUUUACUGUCAUCGGACCUUAUGAAUAUUGGAUUAAUAACGCCUAUGAAUCGCCUAUGAGAUUCAUAUCUCAAGAAGCUCAAAUAUCAAGCUUUCAAAAAAGGAUGGAGCCGAAUUAUCUAUUUUUAUAUUUACUAAUUUUGCAAAUGUUUCGAAGAUUUUUUUCUUAUGUUACUUAAAAUGUGAUACUUGACAGUUAAACUUAACGUGGUUGUUUAAUUAGGAAAUCAACACUAAAUAUAAAUCGUUAGGACGCGCCUAUAUUCGGUUGAAAAUUAGCAUAAAUUACGAUGUUGUUCUUCGUAAACUUCCAUAAAUACGGCACGAAUAUAGAUUCAUACUUCUUCAGUGUAGAAUAGAAACAGACAAACGAAGUUUUUCUUUGGAUAGCACAACACGUAAAUAUGAGCCAAGCUCGAACAUGGGAGGCGUUAAGGAGUGUCGGAAUUAUCGGAGUGCCAUUCGAGAAAGGACAAAAGAAGUACGGUGUGAGCAUUGCCCCGGCAGCUAUGAGAUCUGCCGGCUUGAUAAACCAUCUUAAAACAAUAGAUGGUUUAGACGUCAAGGAUUACGGAGAUAUUGACACGAUGACGACUGAGGUUGAAGUGAAUGUAGACAACAUGAGCCAUCUCUCUCAAGUGUCGGCUUGCAACAAGAAACUGUCAGAGCGCGUAUCCCAAGUACUAAAGGAUGGAAGAGUGGCUGUCACCAUUGGUGGAGAUCAUUCUAUAGGGGUUGGUACCGUAGAUGGCCACUACAAGGUAAAUGAGGACAUGAUCCUGAUUUGGGUUGACGCUCACGCUGACAUCAACACUAACAAGACAUCAGGCUCGGGAUCCGUGCACGGUAUGCCUGUCGCGCUCCUCGUGAAGGAGCUGGCAGAUUAUUGGCCCUACCUACCCACCAUGGACUGGCAAGUGCCUAAAUUUUCAAUCAAGAACUUGGGAUAUAUAGCUCUUCGAUCCGUAGAUGAAUAUGAAAGGUUAGCAAUAGAGAAAUAUGAAGUACCGGCAUUUGCAAUGGAAGAUAUCGAGGAAUACGGCAUAAAGAAAUCUAUUCAGCACAUAUUAAAGGUUUUGGAUCCUGAGAUGAAGAAGCCCAUUCACGUGAGCUUCGACAUUGACUCAAUAGACGCAUUAGAAGCGCCCAGUACUGGCACUCCAGUGCGAGGUGGACUCUCUCUUCGGGAAGCGAUUAACUUGAUGGAAAUAAUACACGCGACAGGAAGGCUACGAGCUAUUGACUUGGUUGAGAUAAAUCCUGCGCUCGGCGACGAUUGCGACAGAAAGCGUACCAUAGAAGCAGGUCUUUGGGUCCUAAAGGCAGCCUUAGGGUUCUCUAGACGAGGGACCGCGCCUCGGGGUAUCCUAGACUUGCCGGUGCAAACACACCAUUAAAAGGAAAAAUCAGUUUAACUAAAAACUGGGAAUAAACGAUGGCAAGAAAAUUUGUGUUGUUUAAAAAAAUACAACUCAUAACCUUUAACGUUUAAUAUAUUAAAUAAGUACUUGAUA